GAUCUUUUUCCCGGCCUCGCCCAGACGGCGGGACUGACUCACUUGGCUGCCAUUCUCACGCUUGCAUUCAUUUGCCUUGGAACUGAGCGGUCUGUGAUCGAUCCCUCUCGCUCCGUCCGUCGCAGCCAUGGAGACAGAGCUCCCAUUGCCCUUCCUCGUCAGCGUGGCCAUCCCUCCGGGGCUCGCCAACCUCGAGGGCCUCAACCGCGAAGAGGUGUCGCUCCUGGGCAAUCCCUUCAUCGAGGCCUCGCCCAAGAUCCAGGACAAGCUGGGCCGCUUCUUCAACCGCCACAACUACGAAUUCUGCGCUCACGUCGACGCCACCGGCCUUCAGUCGCCAGACGACGUCGUCGCCCUGCUCGACCGCGGGGCGCGCAGGGUCUUUGUCGCGCCCGAGUCCCUGUCCGAGUAUACCGAUCUCGGAGCCAGGGUUCUGCCCGCCGUCUCGACCCUCGACUUGUCGGUCGCUUCCAAAGACGGGCUUCUGGUCAAGGAUGUCGACGUCAACGCUUCCGGCUUGGACAAGUUUGUCGAGCAGGCUCAGGCCGCCAAGAUCAAGAACCUCUUCCUGAAGCCGGCUGCCGGUGUUAGCCUUGACCGGUUCAUCGAGGUCGCGCAGAAGAGCAACGCCAUCCCAGUUCUCCCCUCUACUGGCCUCACCACAGACAAGUCCGAUUCAUCUAAGCUGCUUCUGUCCAAGGUCAUUGCGGCCUAUUGGAAGUCGGACCGUCAGGACGGCCUCGUCCCCACGGUUGUCACCGACGAGGCGGGCAUUGCCCUGGGUCUGGCUUACUCAAGCGAAGAGAGCAUUGCCGAGGCCCUGAAGACGCAGAGGGGCGUCUAUCAGAGCCGCAAGCGAGGACUAUGGAUCAAAGGUGUCACGUCGGGAGACACACAGGAGCUGGUCCGCCUCUCUCUAGACUGCGAUUCAGACACCCUCAAGUUUGUCGUCAAGCAAACAGGACGGUUCUGCCACCUGGACCAGGAUGGAUGCUUUGGUGACCUCAAGGGCAUCGCGGGCCUCGAGCAGACGCUCAAGUCGAGGAAGCAGUCCGCGCCCCAGGGCUCUUACACCGCCAGGCUCUUCUCUGAUGAGAAGCUCCUGCGCGCCAAGAUCAUGGAGGAAGCCGAAGAGCUCUGCGACGCCAAGACUCCCGAGGAGGUUGCCUUUGAGGCUGCCGACCUCAUCUACUUUGCCUUGACCAGGGCCAUCGGUGCUGGUGUCAGCGUGGCCGACAUCGAAGCCAACCUCGACGCCAAGAGCCUCAAGGUGACGAGGAGGACCGGCAACGCCAAAGGCAAGUGGGCGGAGAAGGAGGGCAUCAAGACGGAGGCUGCUCCGCCGAAACCCGCCCCCGCCCUCGCCCCAGCCCCCAAGUCUGCGGGUGGCCGCAUCGUCAUGGAGAGGAUUGAUGCAACCAAGUCUACCGAGGCGGAGCUCCUGGAGAAGCUCAAGCGACCUUCCCAGAAGUCUUCAGAGGCCAUCCUGAAGAUUGUCACGCCCAUAAUAGACGAGGUUCGCAAGGGUGGCGACAAGGCUGUCCUGUCUUACACUCACAAGUUCGAGAAGGCUACGUCCUUGACAUCCCCGGUCAUCAAGGCCCCGUUCCCCAAGGAGCUCAUGCAGCUGGACCCCGAGACGAUCAAGGCAAUCGACACGUCCUACGACAACAUCUGGAAGUUCCACGCUGCCCAGAAGGAGGACAAGACGCUCUCGGUAGAGACUAUGCCGGGUGUCGUAUGCGGUCGCUUCUCAAGGCCUAUUGAGAGGGUGGGCCUUUACGUCCCAGGCGGCACUGCCGUCCUGCCCAGCACAGCUCUGAUGCUCGGCGUACCCGCCAAGGUGGCGGGCUGCCAGAAGAUCGUUCUCGCGUCCCCGCCCCGCGCCGACGGCUCCAUCACCCCCGAGAUCGUGUAUUGCGCUCACAAGGUCGGCGCCGAGAGCAUCGUCCUUGCUGGCGGUGCCCAGGCCGUCGCGGCCAUGGCGUACGGCACGGAGAGCGUGAGCAAGGUGGACAAGAUUCUCGGCCCCGGUAACCAGUUCGUCACCGCGGCCAAGAUGCACGUCAGCAACGACACGAACGCUGGAGUGAGCAUCGACAUGCCGGCAGGCCCGUCCGAGGUGCUCGUCAUCGCCGACAAGGACGCAAACCCGGCCUUUGUGGCCUCGGACCUGUUAUCCCAGGCAGAGCACGGUGUCGACAGCCAGGUUAUUCUCAUUGCCGUGGACCUCACUGAAGACCAGCUCCAGGCCAUCGACAACGAGGUUCACGAUCAAGCCAUGGCUCUACCACGCGUCGACAUCGUCCGUGGCUCCAUCGCCCAUUCCCUCACCGUGCAAGUCAAGACGAUCGAUGAGGCCAUGCGCGUCAGCAACGAGUACGCGCCGGAGCAUCUCAUCCUGCAGCUCAAGGACGCGCCCAAGGCCGUCGACAAGGUCAUAAACGCGGGUAGCGUCUUCAUCGGGCAGUGGACCCCGGAGAGUGUGGGCGACUACUCAGCCGGCGUGAACCACUCUCUACCGACAUACGGCUUCGCCAAGCAGUAUUCGGGUGUCAACCUCGGUUCCUACCUCAAGCACAUCACGUGCUCCAACCUCACCGCCGAGGGCCUCAAGAAUGUGGGGCCGGCGGUCAUGCAGUUGGCCAAGGUGGAGGAGCUGGAGGCUCACAGGAGGGCCGUUGAAAUUCGCAUCAAGCACAUGAACAAACAGUGAGGGCAUGUCAUGACACGGGCGGGGGUGGUUAUCUACACACCAAGGGGGGCGUAGGAUGAUUUCAAGACAUAUCGUGUUAUAUUGGAUCGGCAAAAGGUAAAGAAUCAAGAACACAAGCUUCCGCCAGAUCAGGUACACACGCCCCAUUCAUCUGAAGAUCAUGAGUUCAAAUGUCCCUCAAAGUCGCCAUCUCAAGAACGAGCAGAAAGAGAAGCAAGGCCAGAACCCAAAAUCGUACUUCGUCUCCCCCAACCUCGGCUACUUCAGUUAGUUUUGUCCUCGAGCUGCACAGUUGUGCCGAGAAUUGGGUCGAACCUUUUUUUUCCCUUCGUCAAAACCCUAUCCCCCUCUAGCUCUUAGUAAAGGGUGAUUUGCCGUACCCUUUCAGUCCGCAGCGCACGUUUUCCUGGUCACGGGCCGUGACUGUGUCGUCGUACUUGACUUCGCAAAGAACGGAGUUCUUCUCCUUCCCCUUGCACUGUAGCACCUUGUGUUAGUUUCCUCUUCAUUCUUGCCUUUUCGUUUUUUUUCGGCUUCGGUUUUCGGGUUUUGUUUUUCUUCUCCACAGUGUUAUAAG